AUGUCUGAGGUGGAGAUCAAUGGUCAUAAUGAGGGGGUAGAUUUGGACCUUGCACUCACAAAGGCUGCACUCACUUCCUCUUCUACAAAUCUGCGGUUGGCUCAGUUGAAAUCCAUUGAGGAAAGAAUUUCAAAGAAAGACACCGAAACUAGGAAGGUGGGGCUGGCUCCUAGUAAUGCGUUUGUGUUAGUCGAAUAUUGUAGCGCGAUAUUGCAAGUAACUACUACUGAUGCCAGAUGGAAGAGCUGGGGUUUAUUAGUUGUGGUUGGUAAUGCGCGAACGCUUGAAUUAUGCAUUACAUCGAAACAUAGAGCUUCUGCACUCAAAACUACAUGGCGAGGUCUACGGAAAGUUUUUCAAAGCGAUGUUUUCCAAACUGCAAUCGGGGACAGUGUCCAGAAAUUGAGCUCCAAAGAGGCCCAACCUUCCUCUAAAAAUGCUGUGAUGAUAGGGGCAAUUUCCGGAGUGUGUGCCAGGAAACCACAAGCAAAGCUGGUAUUGGAAAGCAAGAAGUCUCUAAUAUACAGCUAUUAUACGCGCGAGAUUAUAGCUUCCAGGACUCAGCUACCUCCACAUAUUGCCAGUGCUCUGAAAGACUUCUUUGUGGACUUUGCAACUCAGGAAGAUUUUGAGCGAGAAAUAGUACCAUCCCUUGAGAAGGCGCUGCUAAGGGCUCCUGAAAUUGUACUAAACGACCUUGUCACGCCACUCUUCCAGUCUCUACCUAGCUCAGUAGAUCUCUCAAGUGUUCUUCGAACUAAGCUUUUGAAACCUAUCCUAUCUAAUAUCAAAUCCACCAACCCCACAAUUCGUCAAGGAGCCCUAUCUGCAUUCAGAGCAAUUGUACCCAAAUGUCAUGAUGAAACUUCGAUUGCCCAAGUGUCAGAAGAGAUACUGACGCCACUAAAAGGAGGCAAAAUCUCCGCGGCAGACCAGAGAGCUAAUUAUGCAGAAAUGCUUUCAAUUUUGCCAGUCUCCAAGUCAAAUGCUUCGACAGCUAUCGGUCUUGCGGCGAUUGCAGGAAAGGAAGCAAACGAAGCUGCACUAUCAGCAGAGACAUUCGCGCUGUUACACUACCUCAAAAAGAGGGUACAAAAUGAAUUCCCUUUGGACAAAUCUAUCAUUGGCGCCUUUACGAAAGGUCUUUCUGAUAAAAAGGUUCCCGUAAAGAAACUAUGGACAAUCCGCCUUGGAGAAUUGCUUUGGGAUACUGAAGAGUCUGAUCUAUCUGAGUCGAAACAAUUAGCAGAAGAAACCGCAACAGCAUUGGUAGAUACAUGGCAAGAAAUUACCGCGAAUUCCAUACCUGCAGCCCAAUCUGGCCUUAUCGCUGCAGCCUAUGUCGUUGCAGCGAUCUCACAGGCGAAAUUGGGAGUUAUUUCAGUUGCGAAGGUUGACGCGGCAUUAAAAAAGGCUCAAGUAUCGCAUCAAUCACUAGCUAUGGAGCCUAAGCCAUCGUUUUUACUGAAUCCUCGCAUUUACAGCAAGCUUUCUACUUACGAUGAUUAUAUGUGGUUCGUGAGAGCUUUAUUUGCCUUCCCGGAUCAGCUUGCUUCACUCGACCCGGCAUCUUUGUCCGCUACUGGUUGGUCUCAAGCUGUCAUAUUUUCUAUAUGUUCUCCAAAUGUCCAUUAUGAUGUCAGAAGACAUGCCUCUCAUCUACUUUCCCAACUUUAUGUCCGCUUUCCUGGUAAUGUAUCCAAGAUCCUCACAUUUGGUUUGUGGAAAUGGCUACAAUCUAUCGAGCUUGGAGAAAAGGACAGCGCUCCAAUAUCGGCAAAAACAGAGAGUGAGAAUCUGCAUUUAGUACUGAAAGCUAUUUGUUUGACACCAGCAGAAAUUAAUCGUCGUGGUGGUAUUGUGGACCAAGCAGUAGUCAAGGACCAGAUGGUCUCACUGUUGGUUAUUUGUCGAUCAGAACUACUCCCAAGAGUGAGUUGGAUAGAGUUGUGCUUGAAAGCUGAUGUCGAUCCUGGUAACCUUGCUAGGGAAAGGGGAGAUGACUUGGUGAAGCAGAUUCUGGACAUUACAAGCAUUCAGGACGCGGGUGCCGUGCCACGAUCAAAGGUAGUCAAAGAUGCUGCAUAUAAUGCCGCUGCUGAGCUUGCUUUUGUUGCCCCUGAUGAUAUGACACCACGAAUUGUAGAGCUUAUUGAGCAGGACCUUGAUGCUACGCAGCUCGCCAAUGUUGGUCCAACAGAGGCGGCAAUUUUCCGCACCCCAGAAGGAACAGCUUUUGUAGAUGUAUUAGCCUCUAAAGCUCAAAGUUACGUUCCCAACAAGAACACUAAAGAUUACGAUACCUUGAAAUGGGAAGAGGAGCUCCGAGCCUCAUUGGCGAAAAAGAAGGGCCAACAGAAGAAGCUUACACCGGAAGAAACAGCCAAAGUCAAAGCUCAACUGUCAAAAGAAUCAGAAAUUAGGCACCAGAUUCGUGCUCUGGAGUCAAGACUUUUACGUGGAGUUGGAAUCAUCAAAAGUCUGGCAACCGGCCCUCCAACAGAAGCCUCUCUAUGGAUGGGACCUGCUGUUAGAGUUUUGAUAAAGGUAAUGAAUGCUGGUGCUGGAUUAAUUACAGGUUCAGCUGCCCCGGAUGCUUACAUACUCUGUGCCGAAAGAGUUUCUAGUCGCAUAGGUAUCCUCCGUUCAUUUAUUGGAUUAGCAACUCUCAGAGCUAUGAAUGUUCCACAGUUGCCAGAAGCCCUCACACAAGAACCACUCGGGGCCCUUAUUACACGUGUAUUGUAUCGCCUAAGAUUCUCGGCAGAACAACGUCCGUUUGAUACAGUCUCCCUUAUCUAUGUUCUCCCUCUUGUCUUCUUAGUUCUUCGCGAUGGCGGAUUUGGAGAGAGCGAUGAUGCGGAGGCUCAACUGGUUCUCGCCCUGGAAUUCCUUUCUUUUCACACUGAUGCCUGUUCCGACGUUCUGGUUCCCCGAGACGAAGUUCUCUCCACAUUGAUAUCGUCGAUGCAGGCCUACAAUCAGCAUUACAAAGCAAUCAAAGAUUGCCUGUCAGAUCUAUGUAGGUGCAUCGCACCCAACAUUACCGAUAAGGAGAUUUCUAUUCUUGCUCAAGGGGCCAUUGUUCCGCAAGUCGCUGUACGAACCUCAGUAUUGCAGUCAAUAAGUGCAGAGAUUGAUAUGAGUGAGCUCGACUUCUCUAAUGAGAUGUGGCUAGCGUGCCAUGACGAUGUGGAAGAGAAUAUCGAGCUUGGACGAGAAAUUUGGGAGGAAAGUGAAUUCAAAAUAUCUACCGAGUCACCAUUUAGGAUGUUGCCCUAUCUCGAAAGCUCAGAUAAGCAACUUCGCCGAGCUGCAGCCAGAUCUAUUGCCGAAGCUGUGAAGAUACAGCCUUCAACAUUCAAGGAUAUUCUUAGCCGUCUGCAGUCCUCCUAUACGGAGCUAGCAAAGCCUCGACUUCCUCAACUAGAUGAGUAUGGAAUGCCCAGGAAGAUGGAUCUCUCGGACCCAUGGGAGGCCCGAAAUGGUGUUGCACUUGCAUUCAGAGAACUUGCUACCGUUUUUGACGAAUCACUUCUUACACCGUUCCUUAGCUUCUUAAUCGAGGGUCCACUGGGUGAUAGGAAUUCGGCCGUCAGAGAGGAAAUGGUUGAGUCCGCCACAGCAAUCAUAGCUGUCCACGGCAAGGACAAAGUGGAAGAACUGAUGGAAACCUUUGAACGCACACUCGAGACACCGGAUAAAGGCUCCGAGUUCUCAGAUAGAGUAAACGAGGCUGUGAUCAUUAUGUAUGGUGCCCUGGCACGACAUCUGAAAGCUGGCGAUGAACGUGUGCCGAAGGUUGUAGACAGGCUUUUGGAGACCUUGAGUACCCCAUCCGAGACGGUGCAAUAUGCCGUGGCGGAGUGCUUGCCACCACUAGUCCGUGCAUCAAAGGAGAACAUUUCGGAUUACAUUCAGUUGGUCCUCGACAGAUUGUUCAAUUCAAAGAAAUAUGCUGGCCGACGUGGUGCCGCGUAUGGUCUUGCAGGUAUUGUUAAUGGAAAAGGGAUCUCCGCUUUACGAGAACACAGAAUAAUGCUUACACUCAGAGGUGCCAUUGACAAUAAGAAGGAUGUCAAUCACCGGGAAGGAGCUCUGUUGGCUUACGAGCUUCUGUCCAUGAUUCUUGGCCGCAUUUUUGAGCCUUACGUUAUACAAAUUGUGCCCCAACUGCUCUCGAGCUUCGGUGAUUCCAGCGCAGACGUUCGUGAGGGCUGUUUAGCAGCAGCAAAGGUGUGCUUUGCGAGCUUAAGUUCAUACGGAGUGAAGCAGAUUUUGCCAACUUUACUUGAUGGUCUUGAUGAUGACCAAUGGCGAAGCAAAAAAGGAGCCUGUGACCUUCUGGGUGCCAUGGCAUACCUUGAUCCUCAACAACUAGCCCAGAGUCUUCCCGAAAUCAUUCCACCUCUUACCGGUGUAUUGAAUGACAGUCACAAAGAAGUGCGACUUGCUGCUAACCGCAGUUUGAAACGAUUUGGAGAAGUUAUCAACAAUCCCGAGAUCAAGAGUCUCGUGGAUGUCCUCCUCAAGGCUCUCAGCGAUCCAACUAAAUACACGGAUAAUGCUUUGGACUCGCUUAUCAAAGUAUCCUUCGUACAUUAUCUGGACUCUCCUUCCCUUGCUCUUGUUGUUCGUAUUCUUGAGAGAGGCUUGGGCGACAGGUCGGCAACCAAACGAAAGUCUGCACAAGUUAUAGGUAGUCUUGCCCAUUUGACAGAAAGAAAGGACCUUGUAUCCCACCUACCAAUUUUGGUUGCCGGGUUAAAGAUUGCGAUUGUUGACCCCGUGCCAACUACUCGUGCAACUGCAUCCAAAGCUCUUGGUUCUCUCAUCGAAAAACUGGGAGAAGAUGCUCUUCCAGAUCUUAUCCCAGGUCUCAUGCAAACACUCAAGUCAGAUACUGGCGCUGGAGAUCGACUCGGAUCUGCACAAGCACUAAGUGAGGUACUUGCUGGCUUGGGUACAGCCCGCCUCGAAGAGACACUUCCCACAAUUCUCCAGAAUGUUGCUUCAUCUAAACCUUCCGUUCGUGAAGGCUUCAUGUCGCUGUUCAUAUUCUUACCUGUAUGUUUCGGAAACAGCUUUGCCAACUACCUUAGUAAGAUUAUCCCACCUAUUCUCUCUGGUUUGGCAGAUGACGUUGAAUCGAUUCGCGACACGUCUUUGAGAGCCGGUCGUCUUCUUGUCAAGAAUUUUGCCACGAGAGCCAUUGACCUCUUGCUUCCUGAGCUGGAGAGGGGUCUUGCAGAUGAUAAUUACAGAAUCCGUCUCAGUUCUGUCGAACUGGUUGGCGACCUUUUGUUCAAUCUCACCGGAAUUAGUGCGAAUACAGAACAAGAUGAGGCCGAAGAAGGUGCACAAGAAGCUGGUGUAUCCUUACUCGAGGUACUUGGCGAGGAGAAACGCAAUAAGGUACUGUCCUCAUUGUACAUUUGUCGAUGCGACACUUCUGGUCUCGUUCGAACAGCAGCUGUCAAUGUUUGGAAAGCUCUUGUGGCGAGUCCCCGUACUCUUAAGGAACUUAUUCCUACGCUCACACAACUCAUCAUUCGACGGUUGGGAAGUUCCAACAUGGAGCAGAAGGUUAUUGCAGGUAAUGCACUGGAAGAUGGCCUGCAAACUUCUACGGACACAGAUGCUAAGCAAGGAAUAUGUAUUGCACUCCGUGAAUUAAUUUCAUCGGCCUCUCCAGAGGCGCUGGAAGAUCAUGAGAAGACAUUGAUCUCGGUCGUCAGAGUUGCUUUGAUAGAUUCAGAUGAUGAGGUCCGGGAAGCAGCAGCUGAAGCCUUCGAUUCUCUACAGCAAAUCCUUGGCAAGAAAGCUGUCGACCAGGUCUUGCCAUAUCUCUUGAGCUUGCUCCGUACUGAAAACGAGGCUGACAAUGCCCUGUCUGCACUCUUGACCUUAUUGACCGAAACGACAAGAUCAAACAUCAUCCUUCCUAACCUCAUUCCUACUUUGACUACCUCGCCUAUAUCUUCAUUCAAUGCUAAAGCACUUGCCUCACUUUCUACUGUUGCAGGGCCAGCUAUGGCAAGAAGACUACCUACUAUAUUGAAUUCACUGAUGGAUAACAUCAUUGCUUCUAAGGACGAUGAUCUCAAGGCAGAUCUAGAGUCAUCUUUUGACACGGUCGUCCAAUCCAUUGACGAAUUUGAUGGUCUCAACGUGGCUAUGAAUGUUCUCCUUGCAUUAGUGAAGCAUGAUGAUCAUCGCAGAAGAGCAAACGUGGAUUAUCGUCUUGCAAAGUUCUUUGCUGCAGCUACAAUUGACUACUCUCGCUACAACCAAGAUAUUGUACGAGCACUGCUUGUUUCUUUUGACGAUAGAGAUCCAGAAGUAGUCAAGGCCGCCUGGGCGGCACUUUCAGAGUUUACUAAACACUUGAAGAAGGAAGAAAUGGAAGCACUUGUUUAUUCGACAAGGCAGACUUUACAACAUGUCGGUGUACCUGGAUCUAACUUGCCUGGUUUCGGGCUACCAAAGGGUAUCAACGCAAUCCUACCCAUCUUCUUGCAAGGUCUUAUGAACGGUACUGCUGAGCAGCGUACUCAAUCUGCUCUGGCUAUAUCCGACAUAGUUGACCGUACCAGUGGAGAUUCUUUGAAACCGUUCGUCACUCAAAUUACUGGACCCCUUAUUCGAGUCGUUUCUGAGAAAUCUGUUGAUGUUAAAGCUGCCAUUCUUUUGACAUUGAACGGUCUGUUGGAAAAGAUCCCGACAUUCCUAAAACCCUUCCUUCCACAAUUGCAACGUACAUUUGCCAAGUCUUUGGCCGACACAUCAAGCGAAGUCCUCAGAACUCGUGCUGCCAAAGCGUUGGGUACUUUGAUUACUUUAACUCCAAGAAUCGAUCCCUUAAUUGCCGAAUUAGUGACAGGUUCAAGGACUUCGGACUCCGGAGUCAGGAACGCUAUGCUUAAGGCACUAUAUGAAGUUAUCAGUAAAGCUGGUGCUAAUAUGGGAGAAGCUUCGCGCAGCGCGGUGCUUUCGUUAAUCGACACCGAUGCAGAGGAUAAUGAUGUGUCUAUGGCCAUCACUAACGCCAAACUCUUGGCAGCGUUGAUCAAAAACCUUACGUCUGAGAACGCUUCAGGGCUGAUUAAGAACCGUGUCAUGACAACCCAUUUCACUCCAUCUACAGUUCUCGCUUUGAAUGCUGUCCUUGUCGAAGCACCAUCGUCAUUGACGGAAACUGCCUUUGCUGAUGAUCUACCGGAAGUCAUCUGCCAAGGCAUGUCAAGCAAAAAUGUUAAGAACUGUAUCCUCGCCGCAGGAAAAUAUCUCCUUGCUGAGACAGCCAACCAUGAAUUUGAGGCGACCAAACCAAUAUUUGAGUCAUUAGCAAAGUUGAUUCAACCAGGGAAUACUGCAGAUGCUCGUCGUCUGUCACUUGUAGUGAUUCGUACAAUAUGUCGCCACCAAAGCGACGCAGUUCGACCACAUCUUCCUAUGCUCGCCACGCCUGUAUUUGCAGGUGUUCGGGAUGCUAUCAUUCCCGUCAAGCUAGCAGCAGAAGCAGCAUUCCUCGCAUUGUUCAAUGUUGUUGAAGAAGAAAGCAAGAUAUUUGAUAAAUACAUUGCAGCUCAAGAACUGCCACCGAACCAAAAGAGAAGCAUGCAGGAUUACUUCAAAAGAGUUGCAUUAAGAUUAGGUAACACGGCACGAGAGAGGAGAGAAGCUGAAGGUGGACAAGGUGGACUGGGUCUUUCUAAUGAUGAGGUUGAUGAUGAAAAGGAGAUCUCAAGCAUUGGAAAGGUAGAUCUGGGCGAAAAAGCUUUUGAUGCAUAA